GCUGCAGGGCUAAAAUUGCAUUGAAUCAUAGGCGGAUUCGGCGCUGGUACUUGUUUACUCGCUCAUCGAAACUAAAACGAAACAUGACAUUGUGGUUCUCGUUCUUCCUCCAGUGUCGGCCCCUGUUCGACAGCGGUUUGAGUUUCUGGGAGCACGAGUGAUGGAAAUCGAUCAAGUCAAAUAUCCUUGGGAUUCCAGUGCCGCCAGACGCAAAGGAUACAAUAAAGCGUGUCGAUACUCCAAGUUGAAUUUAUGGAACUUGACGGAUUAUCGCAAGGUGGUUUUUCUUGAUGCCGAUACCAUGGUAGUACAGUCCAUUGACGAUUUAUUUGAGCGCCCACAAUUCAGUGCUGCCAUUGAUGUGGGUGGCGCCAUCAAUACCGGCGUGUUUGUGGCGGAACCGUCCAAGGAAACGUACGACGAAAUCAUGAAAGUGUAUGCCAAAGCCCCCAGUUACAACCGCGGCGAUCAAGGAUUUUUGAAUUGGUAUUUCGCUUCGUCGGUCCAUCCACUUCCUGGAAACUACAACCUGAUGAUCAAAUUUGCUCAUUUCUCAGCUUUGGUAAGGGGCUAUCUCGACAAGAAUACCGCCAAAAUUCUGCAUUAUACCAGCGAAACCAAACCGUGGAACUUUUUCUAUCUUCAUCAUCGUGAGUGGAAAGAGAACUAUGAAGGAUACCUGUUUGGCGCUUGGAAACGCAAUUUCCGCCACAUGCGAGCGUCACUGCAAGAAGGUCGACUCUGGUCCGAUGACCUUGAUGCCGAUUGGGACAAUGCUAAUCGUGUGACUGACAUUUGCGACGUACAAUUAAAAAAAGACUUUGGACGUCGCUAUCGUUACGCUGAUCGAUUCUCUGUUCUCAUUUAUCUGACGUCUCCCUCCAUCCGCAUCAAUGACUUUGCGAAUUUACUACGCACUUACAGUCGAUCCAAAAAGGUGCACCGCAUUUAUAUUAUCGCUGAUUUGAAGGACAAGGAUCGAUUGCUCGUGGAUCCCCUUUGGAUCGAAAGUCUCAAUAUCAAGACACCAGUGGAAACCAUUGCCUCCGGCUAUAACUCUCCCAAUAACCGAUUCAUCCCACCCGCCAGCCUGCAAACCGAAGCAGUAUUGAUUGCCGACGAUAACGUUUUACCGGAUUCUGUUCGCAGCAUUGAUUUCUUGUUUGAGACGUGGGCCGAUCAAAAGGAUGCGAUUGUCGGCCAUUUUAUCAGUUCCCAUCAAGGCACGGCCAAGUCAAAGAUUCAGUACAUUGCAUCCGAUGGAAGCCAACCGUCGCAGUACAGUAUGAUCCGUACCCAGUCCAUGUUCCUAAAGACCGAUUAUCUGUAUGCGUAUACCUGUCUGUUACCCGAACAAAUCCAUCAAUACCUUGAUAAGCAUCCGGAUUGUACCGAGAUUGCCAUCAACAUGAUGGCCAGCGGUACCUCGGCCACGCGACCGCUCUUUGUCAAUGCGCCCGUAACCCGUUUGCCCACUCAACGCGCCACCGGUCCCGACGCUUCCGAGAUGUCACAAUGCAUUGUCGACUUGAUGCCCAUGUUUGGAGGAAAAAAUACACUCUUAUACAAUAACCAAGUCAUCUCCCUUUUGGACGAUCACUAAAUCGCCAUAUCGACAAGCGUCUAUCUUAUCGUUUUGCUGCAUUCUUUCUUUUUUUCUUUUUUCCUUGUCUAUUAUUCCAUGUUUUCCCUUGUAUUAUCCAUUUAUUUGCUUUUUACAGUAUUUCUGUUGUUUAUUUCGUUUUUUUUUUCUUCUCAUACAUGACAUUAUAUUACACAAAUGCAAUAGACUCUUUUUUUAUGCUUUCAAAACGUUUCUCAUGACUUGACAUGUGUGUGAUUGGCUAGUAAUUUCUCCAUGG